AAUGAAACUUUUAAUUUUUUACACCGCAAUACUUUUUAUGGUUGCUGAACGUUCUUUCGGUAUUCACUUGUCAGUUCCAAAUAAACCAAGCAAGAAAACUUUUUGCCUGAUAUUUGAAGCUGGAAUCACUGGAACUCUUCAAUACAAAGACGAACACAACUCCACUCUUACACGUCAGUUCGCUGUUCCUGAGAAUGCCGGAGAGACAACUUUGGACAAGGACGCUAGCACUUGUGGAGAAAAACUUCAACGUUUGACCUUCAACUUUGUUCCUAUAAUGACACCAACUGUUCCUGAGACCGAGGCAAAUUAUCCAUGGCGUAUUUCGUUGGAAUUUAACAAAUCUGAUGACGGUCACAGCUAUAUGCUCAAGGAGUACCUUCUGACUGUCUUUUUCUACAGCAACAUGAACUCUACAGAACAAAACGUUACAAUUCCGCAUUAUUAUGGUCAACCCAAAAAAUCGCGAGUAGACUGGACUGCAUCUGUCAAUUCUUCUUAUGGACCGACUGGUUUUCUUUGUUCACAAAAUGACCUCCCUUUGAAUUCAACGGAUUCGGUUCUUCAUUUCAACCAAUUAAAGAUUGUCGCGUUCGCGAACCAGACUUCGCCAUCCUUCAACAAUACGCAAUCGUAUCAGUAUUGUGCCGCGGAUGCUCGUACUUCUGAUCUUGUGCCUAUAAUUGUUGGUGCUUGUCUUGGUGGGUUGGUCAUUAUUGUGUUGGUGGCUUAUCUGAUCGGACGUGUUCGUGCCAAACGUCAAGGAUAUAAUUCUGUCUAGA